AUGAAUAACGAUAUUGUCAAUAAUGCGCACCAGGGCGCACCCAGUGAUGACCAGUCGGCAACCAAUUGCAUGGUUUGCGUGGGUGGUGCUCCGCAGCCCAGCCAACACGAUCCAGAUGUAAUCCGUGUAGAUGAACAUUAUCCGACAGAGGAAGAAUUCGCGCCGUUCGACCCAAAAGAUAUCGUCAGAAUUCGGAGCAACGCCAAAUUUGAAGAAUUCUACGAUAUCGAUGAGGCAAAUUCGGGAAAAGUCUACCAUUGUGUCGAACGCUCUAGCAAACUCGAGCUCGCAGCAAAGUUUAUUAAAAUUCGCAAAGAUGCCGAUCGCGAACAGGUUGAGCACGAGGUGUCAGUUAUGACCAGGAUGCGACAUCCAAGAAUUGCGCAAAUUUACGACGCUUUUUAUUCCACGAGCAACGAUGUGAUUCUCGUGAUGGAGCUGGUGAAAGGCGGCGAGCUGUUCAACCGGGUCGUCGAAGACAAUUUUGUGUUGACCGAAACGGCGGCCGCUGUAAUUAUUUGCCAACUCUGUGAGGCCAUCGACUACAUUCACAAACAGAAUAUUGUGCAUUUGGAUAUUAAGCCCGAAAACAUCAUGUGUGUGACAGAAUCCGGCAACCGGAUCAAACUGAUCGACUUCGGCCUGGCUAGACAUUAUGAUGGCAGCGAAGAUUUGUAUUAUAUGGCUGGAACCCCAGAAUUCUCCGCCCCAGAAGUCAUCAAAUUCGAGCCGCUCGACUUCCGGACAGAUAUGUGGAGUAUUAUCGGGAUAUUCCCCUUCCUCGGUGAGACUACUCCACUUACAUAUUGCAAUGUGGAACGCGGCGAAUGGGAAUUCAUCGAAGAAUUUGAUUGUGUUUCCGAAGUUGCAAAGGAUUUCAUUUCAAACUACUUGUAUACGAUAAGAGUGGCCGUAUGCUCCCUCGGGAUUGUCUGGUGCAUCCAUGGCUAUCUGGUGUCCGAGAAAGAGCCCAAAAGACCAACUUCUCGAUCAACCAAACAAAGCCACCUAGCUGUGAUGAGCUAUUGCGAAUUCACGUCCAUCCUCAACGUGCUGCGCAAGAAAAAUUCGACCAAAGGCCUCGAAUACUUCUCAAAGGCUAAAAUUGAUCCGGCAAAGAAGAAAAAGAAGAGCCUCGCUAGUGCUGUGCUUGCUGCGAAGAAUAUUGACGCUAAUCAAGAACCAGCGGUGGUUGUAACGGCUUGCGAACCAUCAACCUCAGAGGUCCAGGAGGAAACGCCCGACGCUCUGAAAGUGGAAAAGAAAAUGCAAAAAACCGAGUCCAGCGACAGCACAAAGGAAAACAACAUCACCAUCCCGAAAAUCAUCGAACCCAUACCAAAGGCUUCCGAAGGUCUACCCCCACAUCCGGAGGGUGGAGUUGUCAAGAAAAAGAAAAUUGUCCGGAAGAAGAAGCCCGUCAGGGAGACCCCGGCCAGGACAUCAGAAUUGGACCUGCUACGGGCUCAAGCGGAUGGCAAUAGUCCAUCAAAGAAGUUGAUUGCUGAUGUGAGACAGUCCACUACCGAUACUGGUACUUCUGGCGACGAAAGUGAUAGGAAGCCGAAGUGUCGUUCUUAUAAGUUGAGCACGGAUGAAGCUACAACUUCCGCUAAAACCGACGACGAUCGCCAAGAAGAGAACGGUGAAACCGUAAAGAAGGUUACAAUGAAGACCGAAGAUUCGAAGUCACCUUCUACCUCUCGCGGAUCGUUCGAACCGCCAAAACUACGUGUAAACUCCCUGAUUGCCGAACGAAUGCAAAAGCUACGAAAUGACGCACCGCCGCUAACGUUCAACAUCAGCGGCAAGAAGCUGGAAACACCAAAAACCAGCUCUACAAGUACCGAAAAGACCGCGGAACCUCCCAAGCUUGGCUUCAAGGAAUUGAAGGUGGUUACUGAAAAGAAGAGCACAACCACUACAACAACACAAGUUCGUAGCAAGAUUGAAAAUUCGGAGCGCAAGCUAACCACCCAAACAGCUGAUAAGAAGAUCGAGGAGGUAAUCGGAAAGAAGAGCAGCCAACAACAGGUCAAGGUGAGCCUCGUCACAACCGCUGAGGAACAAUGCCCGGAGACUGGACUUCAGAAGAAGACUUUCCAGAAGAGUGUCGCUAAGAAUGAGAAGCAUGAUAAGGAGGAAGAGAAGAAUAGACGAGAAGAGCACAAUGGUGAUGAGAAGCUGACUGUGAAGACACAGAGGUCGUUGAAGCGAGAAGAAAACGAUCGUUCGAUCUUGCAACGACUCACAAAGGUUGAUGGAGAGACCAAGGAUAACAAAAAAUUGGAAGUGACAAUUGGGCGUUUGAAGAAAGUGGAUGGAAAAGCAACGCAUGAGAUUGAUGGCGGAAAGGCAUCGCUUCAAAACGUAGAGCUCAACAUUACCUCACACGUUCGAAGAAGCAUCAAGGGGAAUGAUGGCAGUCGCGAAGAGAAGACGGACAACGUCUCGAAAUUCGAGUCCAAAAUCAAGGCCGGAAGGACCGACCCUGCACCGGAAAAGACCUCAUUGGCACAGGAGCUGGCGAGGUUGAAGAAAACGAAGGCGGAAGAGCCCUUGAAGAGCGCUUUGAAACGGGAAGAUAGUGAGAAGAAGAGUGUUAGACUUGGGGAUAUUAUGUUGCCGAGGAUACGUUUUGAUGAGGAACGUGGUUCUACUAGGGUCAAAUUUGCCGACCCAACCCCACCAAUCAUGUUCCCAACGACGAGCACAUUCGGUGGAGGACUCCAAAAGAACAAGUCGGAGACGAACAUCGCGGCCCGCGUCAAGAAUACGGCAAGCACCACGACUAUGGGCAUCCCGCCCACAGCUGCUACCAACAAAAACAGCUCCAUCAACCGUGCCGCAGACAGUCGGACUGCGUUUCGUAGGACAAAACAAAAGACGUUGGAUGACUCGGGGAUUAAGAAGAGACAACAUUGGCUGUAUGCAGAAGCCGAAGGCGAUGUCAAACCCAGAGAAGACUUCACCUUCGGCGCCCUCAAGGCCAUGAACGACCGGCGGUCGCUGAUAGAGCCGGGGAAGGCGAUGGCGACAAAGGAUCUUCUGGAGCGACGUGUUUCCGGAGACUUUACCAGCGAUAAGCCGAAGGCCAUGAUCAAGAUUCCAAACGCCAAUUUUGCGAUGAGCAACAUCACCAAGGCGAAACUUUCCGAACUUGCCAAGAUGAACAUGUUUUUGGAUUCCACCGCUUAUCUCCACCAUGGUGAGCAUCAUGAGGACGAUGAUCACGGUGUCUCAUCCGGACAGAUCUGCACCAGUCGUUGGAGAAAGGCCACGAGUCGUGCUCAGGACGCCCUCCAAGUCGGAGCCUCAUAU